AUGACAUUCUCAUGGAACCUGGAGAGCUGGGUCAGGGAGAGGUCAGCCCAGCCCUUCCACGGCCAGUUGGAGCAGCGUGCCUUCUGUCUCCCGGCAUCCCGUGGAGGACCCAGCACCUUCCGUGAUUUCGUGCCCUGCGUGUGCACUUCCUUUGCGGCCUUUAUCCUUGAGGAUGAGGAGGAUCUGUGUCUGUCUCCCUUGCAAGAAGUGGCUGAGUGGCAACAGUUUGACAGUUUGCAUGCAUUGGAAGAAACCGCCGAAUGCCCUUGUGACAGCGACGCUGAUUGCCUCACUUUGAACAUGGAACAGCUUCAUUUUUUGCUAACGGUACUGGGUCUGUUUUAUCCAUCAGGUCACCACCAGAUCAAGCAAGGGACCUGUGAGGUGGUCGCUGUCCACAGGUGCUGUAACAAGAACCGCAUAGAAGAGCGAUCACAAACAGUCAAGUGCUCCUGCUUCCCAGGGCAGGUUGCAGGUACAACUCGGGCUCAGCCUUCUUGUGUUGAAGCUUCCAUCGUGAUUCAGAAAUGGUGGUGUCACAUGAAUCCUUGCUUGGAAGGAGAGGACUGUAGAGUGCUGCCAGAUUACUCAGGUUGGUCCUGUAGCAGUGGCAAUAAAGUCAAAACAACAAAGGUAACACGGUAGCGAAGAGAGGUGUGCUUACUCCUGGAGGAGUGACAGACAGGAUGCAGAGGUCUCUUAUUUGGAUGAUUGUCUUGGCGGGUUUGGGGGAAAUCGUCUCGGAUUUCUGCAAUAUCACAUUUGCAUAUGUGUGCUACAAGGAGUAUCAUUUCCCUGACUGUCCCAGCCCUCUCCGCUUCAUGAAUUUAUCACACUGAAUUAUGGCCAUGGACUGCCAUGCAAUUCACACCCUGUCUGGAUCCCAGGGAACAUACCUCCGACAGACCCUGGAGGAACACAGCAGAGACUUCACGAUGGAUCUCCACUUGGCCUUCCACGUCUUUCAGCCUUCACAAAGGAACGUGGACAGGUUUACAGGGUCCUUAUUCUGUUCCUCUUUUGAACUUUUCCUUAGCCCUUGCAUUAAAGUGGUUUGAAAGGCAUCUCAGUACCAAAACAUUUUGGCAGAACAUAUUUGCAGAUGUAGAUUAAUGAACUCUGAUUAACUGCUGAAGAAGAUUCCUUUUAUAAAUCUUGACGAAUAGACUUAUUGGGGUUAUUGUGUGUGUAUUUGUAUUUUUUGCUUUAGAGGAUUUAAAUUUUUGCAUUUUAGGUUCUGUUGUCAGGUUAGCAGUAAUAAAAUAACACGUUAACUUCUGGGCACCAUUUUCCUGAGUGCUAAGGAGGUAUAUCUCAACUCCCAUAUUUUAUAACCAAAGCUUGAUCAUGACAUAGUCACAAAAGAAAUAAAACCUGUUGGGAUUUUUAUAGCUUAGGUGUCGUCAUAUAAAUUAUUUAAAUUAUAAAACCGUCUCUGUUUAGAUCAAGGGUGAUUUCUGAGAUCCAGUUUGUGUCAACUGUAUUAAACUAUUUUGUUAGAAGUCUUGAAAUGUUGAAUUUUUAGGCUGUAAAUGAUUUAUUCUUGGCUCUUCUCUCAUUUGUUAGUCAUUUUAUUUCUUUAAAUGUAAGUAAAAUCUGAGUCAUUUUUUUCUGGGUUUAAUGAUUUUUACAGAAGACAUGUGUCCACAUAUUCUCAGAUGCUGUCAUGCAGAAAUAUAUCACAGACAAAAAGUGACUGACCCAGAUUUUAAAUGCAUAAUGUCAUUAAAACACACACUACUGUAAUAUGGGAUUUUAUACAUUAAGAAAUGCCAAAAACAUCCUUUCUGCACUGUUUAUUAUCCCUGUCCUUUCACAAUUGUGGGGGGUGGAAAUAUUACUAUAACAUUUAUAGCAGUAACAAUUAUAUCUACUUGAUUUUAGUCUUGCAAAAAGAAUGGAAAUGGGGGACAUCCAUUUGUGGGCUAACUUUGUUUGAAUUUGACGGGUUCCUUACCAGGAUUAUUAUUGUUUUACUAGUAAGUAAAAACAUUCAUUCUGCUGAUGGCACCUAA